AUGCCCGUUGAUCCCAAGCUUCACAUUGACGAAUCCAUUCCCUGGAGCGAGCCGGCGUGGCUGCGCGGCGUCCACUCCCCCUACUACACAUCCACACACCGCGAGUUACAGCGCGCCGUCAGGCAGUACGUCGACACGCACCUCCUCCCCUCGGCCCUCGACUGGGAAGAGAAGGGCGAUGUGCCGCCGGAAGAAGCAGAGCGCUUCUGCAAGUCCGGCAUCCCCUUUGUAGACAUCCCCGAGCCCUACCGACCCGCAGACAUCCCCAACAUUGGCGGCAUUCCGCGCGCCGAACUCGACGCGUUCCACUUUCUCAUCAUGAGCGACGAAAUGUCCCGUGUGGAGGGGGGCGUGGGCAUCGCGCUGGCCGGCGCCUCGUCCAUCGGUGCGCCGCCCAUCGUCAACUGCGGCACGGAGGAGCAGAAGCGGAAAUGGCUCCCCGGCCUCUUCACCCGCAAGACCAACUUCUCCCUGGGCAUCACCGAGCCGUCGGGCGGCUCGGACGUGGCCCGCAUCAAGACGACUGCCGAGAAGACGCCCGACGGCAAGUUCUACAUCGUCAACGGCGUCAAGAAGUGGAUCACCGGCACGCCCUGGGCCACGCACAUGACCACGGCCGUGCGGACGGGCAGGCCCGGCAUGAAGGGCGUCUCCCUGCUGGUCAUCCCCAUGGACUCGCCGGGCAUCAUGCACCAAAAGAUCCAAAACUCGGGCCAGAAUGCGGGCGGCGCCUCCUUUGUCUACCUGGAGAACGUCAGGGUGCCCGUCGAGAACCUCCUCGGCGAGGAGAACGAGGGGUUCAUGAUCAUCAUGAAGAACUUCAACAAGGAGCGCUUUCUGCUGACGGUGGGGUGCAACCGCAAGGCGCGGUCGUGCCUGGCCAUGUCCUUCCAGUAUGCCAUGAAGCGCGAAACCUUUGGCAAGCCCCUGAUCGAGAACCAAGUCAUCCGCAGGAAGCUCUCGGAGAUGGCGCAUAGAAUCGAGGCCCAUUGGGCGUGGCUGGAGCAGCUGGCGUACCAUAUCAAGUGCUCGGAUCUCGGCUGGGAGGACCCCCAGAUUGCGAGCAGAGUUGCGCUGUUGAAGGUGCAGGGCGGCCAGUUGAUUGAGCUGGCCGCCAGGGAGGCAGCGCAGAUCUUUGGUGGCGCGGGCUACAUGAAGGGCGGACCGGGCGCGGCUGUCGAGCAGAUUAACCGGGAUUUGCGGAUGUUGGUUGUUGGUGGCGGAAGCGAGGAGAUUAUCGCCGACUUGGCAGUGAGGCUGGAGCUGGCCAUGAUGGGAGGGUUGGGAGGAGCGAAAUUAUAA